AUGUCUGGUAAAGACAGACCACUUCAGAACGACUCUCCGGCAAAGAUGGAGCAUGAGCAGACCCAAAAAUUCGACUACUUCCCCAUGCUGCCAAAAGAGCUUCAGCUCUUGAUUUGGGAGCAUUACGAGACAGUCAACCUAAGGGUCAGGCACAUGUUCUGCGGCAUGGAUGAGGGUUUCUGGGAUGAGAGCUGCUACUACGACUUCAACCAGACGUCGUUUCCUGAGCUCGUGUGGUCGAGUGGCCGAAACAUCAGACACCCUCGAUCUCUUCUGGGAUUCGUCGACUUGGCUGUAGCCCGUCGAUACGAGAUCAUGCUUCCGAACUGGACCUAUUGGGCUCCAUUUCAUGGUUCUCCAAGUCCCGACUUCGACCAUGAAUUCGCUCAACCUCCGGCCGGCUUCUGCGAUGACAAUAGUUGGUCUCGAGUGCCAACCUGGAUGAAUUUCAAGGUCGACAGCUUCUGCUUCAUUCCACGUUUGAUAAUACCAUUCUAUAAUUCUGCUCGUCGCCGCCAUAGUACUCCCUUUCCUCCUCCUCCAUUAGGUUUAAUCUUAUUCCAUGACUUUGAUAAGAUUGAAAAUGGCAACAAAAAAACACCAUGGUUCUGGUCCAUUCAAAACUUGGAGUUGUUCAUUACAAGCAUCGGCACUGGCUUUUAUGGUAACGAAGAGCACGCUCUUGCGAUACACCCGGCUCUCAAGAGUGUCAAACUUCUAGUAGCAGCAGAAGAUCUGACUUGUACACAUGAAGGAGACGGGAAAGGAACAUUUAGCGGCGACCGGGUGCUUAAUGACUUUCUCAAAGGCAAAAGAACGCUCUCGGACGACUUGUCGACAGUCCUCUCGCAGUGGAAUACCAGCCCUCACAAUGUCUGCGACUGUGGCCUACCCCGAAAAUUCUUGAGAGAACUCCUGGAGCUUCGAGACAAUAUCUACAGGAUUGUCAAGGAUCGUGUUGCCUCGGUCCAGAUCAUAGCUGCAGGUGGUGAUGACCACAUCCAUUGGACCCAGCCGGAAGCUCUCGCGGAGCUGCACCCUGCUUCGGAUCAUGCGACGCAGUGA